AUGCAAUUCUCCAAGAUCGCCGCUCCAUUAGCUUUAGCUUCUUACGUCGCUGCUUCUAACGUUACCGUUACCACCGACAUUGUUGUCACUGACUUCACCACCUACUGUCCAGAAUCAACUGCUUUCGUUGUUAACAACAAGACCAUCACCGUCACUGAAGCCACCACUUUAACCAUCACCGGUCCAUGUACCAUCCCAACCACCUACGUCACCACUGAAGCUCCAGCUUCUUCUACUGUCGCUGCCGUCACCACCGCCGCUAACGGUGCUGGUAAGGUUGCUGCUGGUGCCGUUGCCGGUGUCGCCGCUGUUGCCGCUGCUUUAUUCUAA